CACCAGCGCUCACAUCAACGCACGAACACACAAACACCACAACAACAACCACAACCACAACAACACAGGCACGAGAUCAGCAUCAGCCCUCGUUCCGUUCAGCACCUUUUGAUACAUAUUGCUUCAGUUCGUUCAGUCUUUCACAAAUCCCACCACAUCUUACACGCGAGCACGCACCGACUCCCUUCCUCCCUCUCCCUUCCUCCCUUUCCACCUUCACCUUACUUUUACUGCUGCUCGGUGUUGCUUUGUGACAUCUCGCACCAACCAAACCAAACCAAACCAAACCAACCGACCCCCGCAAAUAGACAGACAACAACGGAUUGGCACAUCACCACUUUCCCCUGCACAGCCACCAUCCACUGCUUGCCUCGCGCGUCUUCAUUUCUCCUCCCUCCCCCUCCCCCUCCCCGUUCGCACAUAUGGCUCUGGUGACGUCCCGCGCCCCGCCACACCUGCAGCAGCGCUUCAACACCUACGGCAUUGCCUUUGAAGACACGGAUACCGCCGCACACGCAACCGCACACGCAACUACAGACGCCUCACCAAGCAACACCAACGCUAACGUCGCACGCAAGAACAGCUGCACCGCAUCACCAUCAGCAGCAUCCAUGAGCGCCCAAACCGCCGUGUACUCGCCGCCCCACAUCAUCUUCCCACGGAUCGGGGCUGUGCGAGAGACAGACACAACCAGUGACAACGCCAUGGGCUGCCACCGAUCGCGCUCCCGCACGCACCCGCGCAACUACCAGCCAGCAUCACCGGCGGCGUCCAAGAAGCAGGAGCUUGGCCACCAACGCGAGGCUGACCCUGCGCAAUGGGAGGAAGCCCCUGCAUCCCCAAUUUCCCCAACUUCACCCACAUCACCCACAUCCCCGACGAGCCGGUUGGAAGCCAACUGGCUCUCCGCCAUGCGCGAUGAGGAGCAGCACGGGCAACAGCAGCGCCACACAAGCGCCAAGCCGGGUACCGUCCAGAUCGCAGAGCACAGGCGCACCAGCUUGCAGCGACCAGCCCCACAACACCACCACCAGCACCACCAGCAACAGCCCGGCGUCGCCACUACCACUACCGAUGCCACCUGUCGACAGAAUGCCAUCCAUGUGGCAGAUGGACAGCAGGAGCUGGAAGACCAGCAGACCCUGCACGAGAACCUGGAGGUGCUCAUGACCUGCAAGGACAUCACCCACUUUCUCCAUGCCGAGGCCGACAGCGCCACCUACCUGACACCGCCACGCACCCCCGCCCCGCCCUCGCUUGACGACAGCACCACCUCGGACGAGGACGCCGCCAGCGCAGAGGAGCCCGCGCCCAAGCCGCGCAAGGCGCUGCGGUGGGCGGACGAGUGCGGCGGCCACCUGCAGCACCACAUGCCCUUCUUCAUGUACGACGAGCCCUGGCGCUGCAGCAAGGACCGCGCACAGGCUCCCGCGGCCUACCACACGCUGGAGAACAACACCAUCGCCUGCAACGACGAGGCCAUGGUCUUUGACGCGUCCGUCCUGCCGCACACGGCGCCAGCCAUGGACACGCGCAUCGCGUCCAAGCACGUGCAGGUCGAGGCCGUCACCCUGCAGCUGCCGGCCGUGCACAUCUCCGUCCGCGUCGCCGACGAGUGCUUUGAGAAGAAGAUUGUCGUCCGCUACACCACAGACAACUGGGCAUCCUUCCACGACGAGGAAUGCGACUACGUCCCCGGGGGCGUGCCGGGCACCACCCGCUUCUCCCUCACGCUGCGCCUCAACAACUACCGCCUCAUCAAGAGCAUCAUGUUCUGCGUCUGCUUCACCACGGGCGACGGCGCAGAGUACUGGGACAACAACGACGGCGGCAACUACGCCAUUGUGCGCGACCCAAACGCCCGCCCAGCGUCCACCUGCUCCUCGCCGUCAGCGCGCCGUAACUCGGACGACCUCUUUACCCACCCGGUCUUUGGCUUCGACGCCGACCGCGACGACGCGUGCUGCUUCUACUACUGAGCUCGCGCAAGCGCAGGCGCAGCGGCAGGCAGUAGUGAGUGAUGGGUGUCGCGGUGUCGCAAUGGCUGAGCGUUCUUCGCUCAACCACGCUUGGGACCUUGCCGCCAUCAUCUCUAAACUAAGCAACCCUCUUCCCCCCCCCCCUCUUCUUGAUUCUUUCCCCUCUUCACACACACACACACACACAUCUGAUUGAUUUUAUAUCUGCUAUCUUUCCUCUCUACCUUUUCCCCUCCUCUUUUCGACUCUGCUCUUCACCUCGCCAAACUUGGCACGUGUGCCCUUCCUUUGCAUGUGCUGUCGUGCCCGCGCACCCAUGCCCCAUGUCGGUUUCCGUUGUGCCACCCCUGUCCCCACUGGCACCUGCCGCCUUGGUCACAGCCGCUGUGCGGCGUGUUCUCUGUGCGCGCGUGUGUGUACAUGAUGUGCGUGGACUGUGAUUGGUGCCUGUGGUUUUGUCUCCUUGCUACUUCUCUGAGCAUUGUUGCAGCUUUGAAUGGGAUUUUGGUGUGCGCGACACGCAUUUCAUGUCUUGUGUGCUAUCCACGAUGAUGAUGAUGAUGCCCGUGCUGUUAUUUCUGGCCACACGUUACCGUUUCCCCCCUGAUGCCUUCAUCAUGUCACAGCACUUGAUUGCACUGCUUAACUUCUUUGAAUGGCGAUUUGAGUUUUGAUUUGUAUCCAUCCUUGUUUCCCUAUUGCAUACGCUGACGAUCUUGAUUCGCAAGUCCCCACGCGCGCGCGCACACACAUGCAUACGCAACGCAUAAAUUACUCUCUCGACCCUCAAGCAUGUGAAUGAUGAAUGAUGACCAGACAUGGCAACACAUAGAAGCCUGGUGAACAG